CGUCACGUUUGCUGCUUUAAAAAAAUGGUGGUUGCUGUGGAGCCAGGAAACGGGGGUUUUAGAAACGGCUGGGGUUGUGCUAGACAGCAGCAAGGACUGGGCAGCAGGUAAAGUGGCCCAGCGGGGAUCAGCAGCAUGUCCGGAGACUGUGUCGUGGGCUUGGUACUGAGUGAGCAAGAGGAGAAGCGCUUCUCCGACCUUUUCUCAUUGACUCUCGCAGACGCCGACACCACAGGCAGAGUUGCAGCCGGAGCUAAAGUUGGCGAGUUAUUCCGAGCCUCCCAGCUCCCUGCAGACACUUUGCACCAGAUCAUGAACCUAUGUGGUGCGAAGCAACUGGGUUAUUUUGGCCGUAGUCAGUUUUACAUUGCCCUGAAACUAAUAGCUGCAGCCCAGGCUAGCCUUCCAGUACAGCUAGAAAGCAUUAACUGUGAAUUGCCUCUUCCUCAAUUCCCUGCACUGAAGAUUGACAAUGAGAUCCAAAAAGGAAACCUGUCCCAAAGUACAGAAAUCCAUGGGCAAGUGGGGCGCACAAUCUCAUUAGUGAGCUCCGCCAGAGGCAUAGAGACUGUGGCAGGAAAAGUGCAGGAGCCCGUGUCUGCAGUUCCAUUGCCCUUCAACUCUCCUCCUUCUUCACCAUCAUACCAAAAGAAUCAAGCAGUAAGUGGAGAUGGGAGACCAAGAUUUAGUUUUGAUCAAAACCAAACAGUCGCUCACGAAGGAAGCCCAACAGCAGGCUCCGUUGUAUAUCCUAGUGGACAAACACAUGGGAACUAUAUAUCCAAGCCUUCACUUCCUCACUCUAUUUACUCUCGGCAACCAACUGUACAACCAACAGACCCAGAAAUACAGGAGGACCCUUCGGAUGACACUGAUGACCCCUGGAGGAUAACAGAGGAACAGCGAGAGUACUACUUCAAUCAGUUUAAAACAUUGCAGCCUGAUAUGAAAUCUCUCAUUUCUGGUUCCGUUGCAAAGGACCUCUUUACAAAAUCCAAGCUUCCCAUCCGAGAGCUCUCUCAUAUAUGGGAGCUCUCUGAUGUGGAUUGUGAUGGAGCAUUGACAUUGUUCGAGUUCUGUGCUGCCUUUCACCUUGUCGUAGCUAGGAAGAAUGGUUAUUCCUUGCCGGCCAUGCUUCCAGAGACACUGAUGCCUGAAUAUCUACAGAGGAGUGAAGCGUUUCCACAGUUGACGCAUGAAGUUGUACUAUUGGGUUCCCAUGGUAACUCGGCUGUUGAGUCUCUAGCAGGGCAACAGCAAUGGAUGAACUGGAAUCACAGUGAGGAGAAUGUUAUAGCUGAAUCAGUGCCUCCUAAAUUGUCUGCAAGUACCCUCCAGCAGCCAGAGCAUCACUUCCACAAUGAGAAACCAGAUUUAAUUCGGAACACAAAUGCCAGAUUCAAACAAGUAGCAGCUGAAUGCCAGACGAGUGAAGAUACGUUUUGCUUAUCUAAAGUAGGUUGUAAGGAACUGGACUGCAGCCAGAAAAGGAAAACAAGACCCAGGUCAUACUCCAGUACCUCUGCUGAAGAUGCUAUUAAGAAAGCAGAAGUACCUCCCACUCCGCCCCCAAGACUUCCAAAGACUCACUCCAGAGCAUCUUCUCUGGACCUCAAUAAACUUUUCCAGCAAGGUAACCAAGCAGUGAAGUCUGGUUUGCCACAGCCACCUCCUGCAGUCCCACCACGACCUCCAACUGUCAAGAUUGCUCCCUUCCCUAACAAAGCCGAGACCAGUAAUGUUAUUGCGGAACAGCCAAAUUUUGCAGAUUUCAGCAAGUUUAGUGAGCAGGCCAACAAAGAAUCAUUAACUGAUCUAUCCUCUCGAGUGAAGAGACCAAGUAAUCUUGGAGAAGAAAAUAGCUCUCCAAUUAAGGAUGUGAAAUCUCGCCAGCCUCCAUUAAAACCUCUUCGUAGAAAACACCGGCCUGAAAGCCAGGGGGACAGUCAGGAGCAGUUGCCACGACUGAAUUCGACUUCCACACCAGAUGCAAAACCGCACCAACCAUUGCAAAGAAUGCCUUCCAAGCAUAAAAAAGCCAUUCAGACAGCUGUUCGCAAAAACAAGGAGGCUAAUAUGAUUCUGGUCAGGUUGAAUGGUGAACUGCAGCAGCAAUUCAAAGAAGUUCGCAAAGAACGGAUUGCACUAGAGUCUCAAUUGGAGCAGCUUCGACCAGUCUCGCAGACGUGACUUCAUCACUUUUCAACAAGUUAUGGGCAGUAAAGCAGAAGCUCAGCUAUGAGGACUGUGUGCAGUCUAAAACUUUGGAUAGGAACAGGGCAAAUGUAAGCACAAUUCAGACCACUGUGAUCCAAUAACUUCUCUUGGUGCCAUCAAUCUUUAACAAACUGAGCAUAUAAGCAGGAAAACCUACCUGGUGCAAACACACACAUUUGCGUGUUCCAAUGACCUUUGAAAAUGUACAGUUGUUUGAAGGACAAUAUGUUCUGGCCAACCUGUGUGACAAGUACUAGAGCGAUUUUUUUUUGUGUGGUUAACAUGGUUACGAAUGGCUUUCAAUUGAAAGCACAAUUUGUGUUGUUAGUGACUCUUGCAUGCACAGUCCAAAACCAUUAUAAACCAGGAGGAAAGCCAAGCAAUCUGAGAAUUUGCCAAAUAACCUGCUCAUUUCAGAUCUGUCCCAUGUGUUCAACGCCAUUUUCUCCCUCCCCUCCCCAUCCCAACAAAUUUUGCACUUCAUAAAAUGUGUGUACUUAUUUGCAUUUUCAAUAUUCAACGACUAUAUUAUGAAUUGUGCAAAAAAGUUUUUUAAGGAAAUUUAUAAUGAAGACAAUGUUAACUUUCAAGUGGGUAAUUUUAUCAUCGUAAGUCUUGUAUACAAUAUGUUCUAUAUUACAGAGGAACCUUGAUUAUCCGAAUUUCGGAUUAUCUGAAGAAGAUCUCAAGGUCCCGAUAGAAACAUUACAUCAGAGACAUGUUUCCAAUACUGAUCGCGUAUUUUCUUUACAGUGAUCAAAACUGAACUUCGCUUACUGAAAUACUGCCAAGAACAGUCCUGGACAUCGAUGGGAGGCCAGGCACAAUCUCCAAAUGACUGACCUCCCACCCUCUCACUCUCCCCUCACAUACAUUCCCUGGAGUUCUACAGAGGCGUGUACCCUAAACCCCCCUUCCCCAGAUAAUCUCUUCAACAUUGUCCUCUAUAGGAUAAAGAUGGAACAUUGCAAUAAAAAAGGUGUGUGUGGCUAUGAGCUAUUUGGAGACUCAGCCCCCAGAAGGCAGCAGUCUUGUCGUUGGUGUCCAGACCGGCUGCCGUAGAGAGGGGGGUAGUGGCACGGUGGGGCAGUGU